AUGACGACGCGCGCGGACGCGUGCGCGCGGCUGCUCGACGACGCGGCGCGAGCGACGACGGACGACGACGCCGUCGACGCGCUCGCGCGCGUCGCGGCGAUCGCGAGCGCGAGCGCGAGCGCGAACGACGCGGCGGAGGCGAGCGCGCUGACGGCAAUCGUCGAGCGGGUGAUCGAAUUCGGACGCGCGGAUAACGCGACGACGCGGAGAAGCGCGGCGAGCGCGUGCGAAACGCUGGGGAAGGCGCGCGAGGGAUGGCUGGGGGCGUGCGCGCGCGCGCUGGGGGAGAUGACGCGGGAUGAAGACGCGGGGACGGCGAAGCGGGCGAGCGCGGGCGUCGGCGCGCUGUUUCGAGAGGCGUUGAUCGUGAGCGCGGUGAAGGGAAACGCGACGCGAGUGGUGAAGACGGUGAAGGACGCGUGGAGCGCGGCGAGGGAGGCGAUCGAAGGCGCGAGCGCGGUGGCGGUGGAUGAGAGCGCGAACGAAGGGACGCGGAUGGCGUGCGCGAAGACGACGGAGACGGCGAUCCUGGCGCUCGCGGGCGAGGGUUGGGGAUCGAACGUCGUGAAGCCGGGGCACAAGACGCUGAAUUUGGAGGAGAUGAUGGCGGAUGCGGUCGCGCUGUCGGAAAAAUUGCAGGAGGCGCUGCGAAAUUUGAGCGAAGGGGCGAAACCGACGGGACCGCUGGCGCUCGUGCUCGUGGCGGCGUUGGGGAAAUUGAGCGUGAAGAAGGCUGAGCUCGCCGCGGGGUGCACGCCGGUGCUCAUCGCGUACGCGAAAGCGCACGCCGUGCGAGAAAAAGCUGAGAUCGAGGCCAACGAGCGGGCGUCGGCGGCGACGGCGAGCGUUAGUAAAGAGUUGAAGAACGUGUUGCUCGACGUGUUGCGCAACGGCCCGACGCAAGCCGUCGAGGGUGGGAUGAUGAAUGAAAUUUCCACCAUCUGUAGAGAUCUAGGCGCGGGCGAAGCCGUCGACAGCGCGCUUCGUCACCGCGAGCGAACGAGUCGAGGGGAACCGCUCGGGGAAAAGCGCGCGAGCUUUUUGACCCCAAUCGGCGGCGGUUUCAAGCGCGCGCGUCUGCGCGAACAAGUCCCGCCGCCGCCUCCACCGCAAAUCGUGGCGGCGCCGAUGACGGAACCGGGAAUCCUGCAUCAAAUUUUAGUCACGCUCGCGGCUUUGGUGAAUAGCGCCGAUCGCUCCAUGCUCGAUGCCUUCAUCACGCAGCUGGCGCCGCCGGCUUUGGCGGAUGCGAUUCUCGCCAAUCUCAACCACUUGCCGCCGGCGAGCCAGUACUACCUCGCUGGUCGCGGGGCGAACGCGCCGAGGCCGCCGCCACCGCCGCCCAUCUCGACGAUGGUUACCGUGCCGGAGCCACCCGAGGAACCGGCGGAACCGCUAUCGGUCGUGAUCAAGGUUGACGACCUCGACGCCGAGGUCGCCGAGGCGUUUAGACUCGAAGCCAUUCAGCGCAUGCUCGCGGUUGGAAGUUCCGUGGCAGAGUACGGUGGGGCGGAGAAGGUCACUCUCGCUGGCCCGCUUCGCAGCUCAUUGCUCGCCCGCUUAGCCGCGUCCGGGGCUGCAAAGUCAGCCGGCGCUUCGCUGGAAGAAGAGACGAUGGCCAUCGCGUCCGCGCUGCUCUUCACAGCCGAAGGCGGUGGUGUGUACGAGACAGAGGGUGUGAACAUGCUCAUGAAAUGGCUCACGACACUGUAUGCGCAAGAAGUUGCGUUUGAGUUUAGCUACGUGCCGUACGAUCAGGCGAUUUCUGCAGCCAUAGAGUGUUUGACGCGCGGCGUCGCCGGGGCGACGUCCACGACGGCGAUGGCGAGCGGGGCGAAGAAGCCGCUCUCACAGCUGUUGUGCGACGUGCCUUCGUUGCCGGGGGUCGUGUGGCGCGCUAUCCGCGUGAUGUGUAGAUUAGAGGAAGGUGAUGAGACGGCGCAGUACCCGACGACGGAAGAAACCGUCGUCCUCGUGCUCGGCGUUUUGCAAGACAUCAUUUUGGAGCGGCCUCCAGCCCGGGACGAGGCGUUGGAGGUUUGCCUGGCGUGUGCGAUGCAAGACGACGACGCCGUGCGCGGAAAAGCGAUCCGUCUAAUCGCUAAUCGGUUACACCCGGUCAAGCAUCUCACCGAACGCAUCGAAGCGUACGCCAAGGAUGGUCUCGAGCGCGGUCGGGAAUUGGGCAAAAAGGCGCUCGUCGAAGCCAAGGCGCUCGUCGAAGCCGAGGCGAAAGUCAAAGAGGAGCAAGAUGCGGCCAAGGCAGCGGCGGAGGAAGAUGCGCCCGAAGACGAUGCGAUGGAGACAGGAACGGAAGCAAAGACGCUGGAGACGGAAGUAGAAGAAGAGCAGGUGGACCACAUAGCGAAAGCCGCAGACUCCGCCGUCGGCCCGAUGUUGCUGUAUUGCGCUCUCUGCGCCAGAAAUCUGAAGCUCUUAACCGGAUUGUUCGAGGCGUACGCGACGCUCGAGCCAGAGAUUCAGCUUGCGUUGCAUCGACCGGUGAACGGCUUAGCGCGCGCGUGCGGACCAAACUGUUUGGAGCUUUGCGAAAUCAUCGCCUCGCCGCCGGAGGGUUCGCUUUCCCUCGCGGUGCAGUGCUUGAAUACGCUCGCUUCCGUCGCCGUCGUUCCGGCACCCUCGACUUUGCUCAACGCGGCGGAGUCGCUGUGUGCCUCUCACGAUGGCGAUGUCAAAUACCUCGCGCCACUCGUGUGCUCGUUCGACGAAGAACGAGUGCGCGAUUUGCUCCCGCAGUUUAUUCACGCCUCGAGCGAAAUAUUUGCGUCGGUUUUGGACACCAUCUUGUCCGUGCCCGAAGAGGAGGCGGUGCUCAGCCCCGUCGCCAUUCUCAUCGCCGUGCACGAAGUUCAGGUUGGUCAAGCGGGCGUCACGCUCAAGCAGCUCGUGGAUGCUUGUUCGGUGUGCUUCGAUCGCCCGGACGUAUUCACGCCGCAGGUGCUCGCCACGGCGCUUCAGCAAAUGGUCGAGUUCACGCCGUUACCACUGCUCUUCAUGCGCACCGUCAUCCAAGCGGAAACCAUCGCUCCGCAGCUCAAGGAAUUUACCCUCGGCUUGCUACGCACGCUGAUCAACCGUCAAGUGUGGAAGAUGGACCAAAAGAUUUGGGAAGGUUUCCUCCGAUGCCUCAAGCGCGCGGCGCCGCAGUCGUUCCCGCUCAUGGUCGAGCUCCCCGCUCCCGUCUUCGGCGACGUCUUGCAGAAAUUCCCCGCGCUCAAGGACAAUUUGCGUCAAUUCGCCGCCAAGUCGUCCGUCCCGAAAGCGAUCGCCGCCGUGUUAAACGAGCCCUAG